AUGACAGUGGCAAUUGUUAAGAGAUUGGCCAUUAUCGGCGGUGGCCCUGGUGGUCUUGCAGCUGCGAGAGUUUUCUUGAAGAAUGCACCUAAUUUCGAGAUCGACUUGUUCGAAAGGGAUCGUACUGUUGGUGGAUUGUGGCAUUAUGGUGAUCAGAAACGUCAGGGCAGCCCGAUGUACGAUCAUUUGGAGACUAAUAUCUCCAAACACAUCAUGAAAUUUAGUGGGUUUCCUUUCCCAGAGAAGGUGCCUACUUACCCAUGGAGGAAAGAUGUCUUUGAGUAUUUAAAGAGUUAUUCUGAGAAAUUUCUCGAGAAUGAGGAUAGAGUCAGGAUUCUUUUGAAUCAUCGGGUCGAUAGCUUAUCAAAGAAGGGAAGUGUGUGGAGUUUGGUUUCGCACAAUAAUGUCGAUAAUAAGGACAGUAGAAAAGAGUAUGAUUAUGUUGUUGUAGCUAAUGGUCAUCAUCAUGAGCCAAGGUUGCCCCAGAAUGUUGCAGGUUUAGACCAGUGGUUUGAGAGCGGUGCUGCAUUUUGUGCUAGAGACUUUCAGAACUGUAAAUUUGCCCAAGGUAAGAACGUCGUUGUUGUAGGAAAUGGUAGUUCAGGUUCUGAUAUCUUGAACCAGGUUUCGACUGUGGCGCAUAAACUUUAUCAUAGUGUUAGAAAUCCUGAGGAAGUAGCCAAAACCACUGGUUAUCCACAACUCGACAUAUUGACCACUGUACCAAAGAUAACUAGUGUCGACUGGCAAACACGUUCUGUGAAUCUCGAGAACGGUGAAACAAUUAAAAACGUCGAUUAUUUGGUUUAUGCUACGGGCUAUUUGUACUCGCUACCAUUUUUCGAACCCACUUUGAGAGCCGAUUUGCUAGGUGGACCAAGCAAAACUUCAGCAGCAAGAGUCCACAACCUCUGGAAGCAGAUUUUCUACGUCAAGGAUCCAACUUUGGCAUUCGCUUUACUACCUCAAUUGAUUGUGCCGUUCCCGCUCGCCGAAUUGCAGGCUGCUUUGAUGGUCAAAGCAUUUAACGGUGACUUACAAGUUCCUGCGAAAUCCGAUGAUGAAUUAGACCCCGAACUCGCCAAGAAACAACCUGCUUACCACCCAAUCCCCGAUUUCAAAGAUUUGGACUAUUAUAAUGAGCUGCAAUCGAUUCUAGACACGGCCGGCGGUGCCAAGGAUCCUUUGCAACCGGUGAAAUGGGACGAAACCUACCAGCAAAUGAGGAUAACCAGUACUUCCGACAAACAAAAACGUAACAUAAUUCUCACGAAGCACGCAAAAGAAUCCAGAGCUCAAAACAAACCUUAUGAGCUCAUCAAGUUUUCAUUAUAG